GGCGGUCACCUUCUCUUUUGAGAGUUCCCUGCUUCUGUAAUUCCGAUUCAAAGAUUUAAUCACCUCAAUACGAACCUACAUGAAGAUCUCAUUCUGCUCUAAGAGCUCCGUCUGUUUUCUCCUCUUCUUCAUUUCGCUCUUUGCUUCUACUAUUCAACUGAAUCAGGAUUUUGAAGAAUCAGAAGCUGCUAGAACUCUUAAGCAAGUGGAGGAGGAUGUUCAGGAAAUACACUGUUCAAGAGAAAGGAGUAGGGCAGCAUGGGAAAUUAUUGAGGAGUAUUUGAUGCCCUUUGUGGAGAAAGAACCCUAUCAGAUUUCAACUAGGUGUAGACUUCACCCUGAUAAUGAUUUGUUUAGAGAUCAGGAACAGCAUAAAUUCCAGGUGGAUAUAAAUGAAUGGAGAUGUGGAUUCUGUAAGAAAAGGUUUUAUGAAGAGAAACAUCUUGAUCAGCAUUUUGACAACAGGCACUAUAAUUUGCUGAAUGUGAGUCAAGGCAAGUGCUUGGCUGAUGUAUGUGGUGCAUUGCAUUGUGAUCUCAUGUUGGAUUCUGCACGACGGAAGACUAAAUGCAAUCCUGCAGCCGCUGCGAAGAAUCAACAUUUGUGUGAGGGUCUGGCCAAUAGUUGUUUUCCUGUCAAUGAGGGUCCUUCAGCAAGCCGUCUUCAUGAAUUCUUUUUGCGCCAAUUUUGUGAUGCCCACACAUGCACUGGGAAUAGGAAACCAUUUUCAAAAGGGCGCAAGAAGCAGACAAGUAUAACCUAUGUGACUCUUUCCAUUUUGGCUUUGAUGACGCUGCCACUUUUCUACAUUUUUGUUUACUUGUACCAAAGGGGAAUAAGAAGGGGCACCCAAGAGCUGAAACGUAUCUCAGAAGGGUACCGAUUCAUUUACUGCGUUUGGCGCUGAAAAGAUAUGCCACUCAAGAUUUAUUUGAAUAGGCAAAUUUACUAGGUUACAGAUGAAGUUUCUCUGACAUCACUGUUAUUGAAAGAAUCGUGGGCCUCAUGGCUAUGAUGGAUUGGAAGAUGAUUCGCCUUUUUUGAAUAGGAAUAUGUUGUACAUCAAAUAUAUGUUUUUUUGGUUAAGUUACAUCAAAUAUAUGUUACUAGAGCUCACACCCUGAAAGUUGACAGUAUUAUUUUUACAAUUAUACUUCUAUUGUACAUUAAUGUCAAUGACUUUGCUGGUGGCGCUGGCCUUUGGAAUCGUUAUGUACAGCACUCCAUCUUUCACCUC